AUGGCUGUCGCUCUUAGCUCCCAGGUCCUGGAGUCGCUGCUAACCCCGGGGCGCCUGGUUCUUCUUUCCGUCCUGUUUGUGGUGAUCUCAUUCAUCGUCGACAUUUCCCGGUUACCCAGCUGUCCAGACUCUCUCCCUCGCGUGGGAUUUGGUCGAGGCCUGGUCGCGUCUGUCAAGAACUGGGUGUAUUAUGUUUCGCGCUAUAAUGAUUGGAUUGCCGAUGGUUAUGAGAAGUACAACAAGAAGGGUCGUGCCUUUGUUGCUCCUAAUUCCCCGAGCCGCCCUCUAGAGAUUGUGGUUCCCAAGUCCCAAACAGCGUGGAUGCUCGAACAGCCAGACCGAGUGCUCUCUACAAAAGAAGCCCAUCGCGACUCUCUAUUUAACGACUACCAGUUUGGAGUUGACGAUCAGUUUCCGAUUCGCACGAUACACAAGCACCUUGCCCGCAAUAUUGUCAAUUUGCUACCUGGAAUCCAGAAAGAGGUUCAUGCCUCCAUCGACGAUGUCUAUGGGACAGAUACAGAGAACUGGAGGACGCUGAAUAUCUGGAAUUCUUUGAUUGGCAUCGUCUCCAGAGUUACAAACCGAAUGCUGGUCGGCGAUCCGCUUUGCCAUAAUGAAGAGUUCCUCAAGAACCAGGUGGCCUUCGCUGACGCUAUCGUUCGCAAUGGCUUGAUCAUGAACUUUUUCCCGAAGGUGUUCCACCCCAUUGUCGGCCCUCUUGUCACCAUUACAAACCGCCGAGCAUGGCGCAAGACCUACGAAAUCGGGAAGCCUGUCAUAGAGCAACGUCUCCGGGACAUGGGACGCAUAGACUCUGGCGCUGACGUGCAAGUGCCAGAAGAUAUGCUCACCUGGCUCAUCCGACAGGCCAAAGCCGAAGGCGCAGCAGAAGAACUCAGCCCGGUCAUGCUCUCCAAGCGCCUGCUACCCGUCGAGUUUGCCGCUAUCCAUACAACGGUGCUAACAGCUUCGAAUGUUCUUCUCGACCUCGCAUCAUCAGACCCAUCUCUGGGCUACAUCGACGCCAUUCGCAAAGAGACCUCCCAGGCCUUGAGGGAAGGAAAUGGUCACUGGACGAAGGACAGCCUAGCAAAUCUCCAUCUUACAGACAGCGCCAUCAAGGAAAGCAUGCGCGUUAGUUAUUUCGCCAGGUGCUUGACCCACAGGAAGGUGAUUGCACCUGAAGGAGUGACGAAUCCAACAGAGGGAUGGCACGCGCCCGAGGGGUCAUUUCUCACCCUGGACCUUGCUGGAGUACAUCUUGAUCCAGAAGCGUUUCCUGAGCCCGAGAAGUAUGAUGCCUUCCGGUUUGUGAAGUUGAGAGAGCAGCUCGAUCCGAAGAAUCCCGAGGAGGCAAUGAAGAUCAAGAGACUGGGGAUGGUAACUACGAGCCCGGAACACUUGACCUUUAGCCAUGGGAGGCACGCAUGCCCUGGGAGGUUCUUUGUCGCGCAUGAGUUGAAGAUGAUCCUGGCGUAUUUACUAAAUAAUUACGACAUCAAGCAUAUAGAGAAGAGGCCGCAGAACGACUGGGUGGGCGCCACUGUUAUUCCGCCAAUGGCAGCCACGUUAGAGGUCAAGAGGAGGAAGAUUUGA